UUGCCGUCAGCGGAUGAAUCUGAUGACGAACAGAUCAGGGCGUCAGUGGAUGUUGGAGUAAUAGUUCCACAUUUCUGCAAUAAGCUGGCAGAGCAGACAAGACCGUUGCUGUGUCACAGUCAUGGAAUACCUUCACCAUCGAAACAGAUGAAAGAAAACACCAGUGACAAAUCUAAAGAAUCAAAGGCAAAGAAGAGGCUGUUUAAAGGUAAACAGCAACCAUCUAGUGGUGUCAUUGAGCGGAGAUAUGGCUACAUUCCUAAUCCAAGGUGGCCCAAGUCAUUUUCGUAUGCCAGGGCAUCAUAUGAGCCAGUUGGUGUUGGAGAUAAAGACAGAGGGAGUAUCCCAGGAGUUGUCUUCCGUGAAAAGCAGAGAUCGAAAUCUCGUGUCGGUGAUAGCUUCAGUGAACAUUCUUAUAUCGAAAGGGAUUUUCCAAUGCUGCAUAUAUCUACAUUGCAUCCCCCUCUUAUAGACAACCAGUGUAAUGUUUCAGCGACUGUGCACCAAAAUGAGCUUUUGCUCAUUGGCACAAAUGAAGUCAGUCCCUUCCGAAAUUGCCAUGAUUCUCCAUCCACAUCAACUCCUGUAAAACGAGGCAACAUAAUUUACUCCUUGACACAGAGCCCAGAUAAUGACUCGAUGGAAUCUUCAGUGGGUGCUUCUGACUCAGCAAACAGUACCCGUAGUCCUAUAAAGAACCCUGUGGUCUCAGACGUUGUUCCAUAUACAUUCAGUAUGGUUCCAAAAAAGAUUUCCCCAAUUUCUCUUCCAAGUAGGACUUCUAACUUCAGUCCUCAGACAGGAGAUAGCGAUGGUUCAUCUAGUUUGUUUAAUGGAAAGCAAGAUGCCUCACCACUUUCAAGGAUAUUGAAUGAAAGCAGCACGUGGUCAGACAUGCUGAAACAGAAAGAUGAAGUGAGUGGUAGCAGUAAAUACAGUUAUCUGCCUUCACAAACACAGAACUUUAACUAUAACUGCAGUAUCGGUCGUGGUACUGAUGCAAGGCACUUGUCUCCAGUACCAGGGUCUGAUCAGUCAUCACAGAGUGAAAAUAGUCUUCCCUCUAACAGUUCACAGACUUCUGCUCCAGUAUGGGAUCUUACUAAACAUGUCACAGCUUCGUCAAAGUCUACAUGGUCCCAUGUCGCAAGAGGGCUUCCCAGCCAGAGAGAUCAAACUGUUUCCCCGGGAUCAUCAAAUUCACAAGUGCAGAAUUCACCAGUGGAACAGAUACCACCUUCAUCAGCACACAGACCAAAACCAGAGCUGCUAAACUCAGCAUCAGGUGAAUUACAAAAUUCAACUGACCAGUUAGAUCAGUCCGAGCUAAGAAGAAAUCCAAAAGACAAAUCAUUUAAUAGUAGAAACAGGAGAUUUAAGACUGCUGAUACCUCAUUUAAUCAUGAAAGCACUAGCGUCAAAUAUACUACAUCAGAUUUUAAUAGAGGAGGACCGCAAAAUAACCUGCAAAGUUACAGCAGAGGUGGUAGCAGAAAUGGUAACAGUUUGCCACGCACUUUGACUCUUGAAAGUUUUAUUACACCACAGAAAAGUACAAGGAAGAAAAAUGGAGUCCCAAAUGGCAAGAAAGAUUUGGACUUGUUGCAAAAUCGCUUUGUAGACCAACUUGCAGCCAAUCCAAUUUCUCCACCAAAGAAAAUAAGGCCUUCGCCGGUUAAAAAACUUGGCUUUUUUAAACCAGCAGAAGUUGAAGGUGCUGUUUUAGAACAGGCUGUGGUGGAUUCAGGUGACUGUCAUCCCAAUGAAAGAUUAAACAGCAAUCAUGAGCAACCUCAUCGUCUCCAGAAAAAGAUGGAUUUUAGCAGAGAUUGUGGUACUACUGUACAAUUUGCCCCUAGACAACAAAAAAGUAACAUCGUUGAAAACCAGACAGAAAUCGUGGACUCUACUGAAAUUAAAGGUGGGCCUGUCUUUUCCUUGCGGAAAAGUCUUAAAAAUUCAAAUAGGAAAGAUGUUUUUAUAGAAGAUGCUGAGGAGGAAGCUGAAUAUUCUGCGAAAAAUGAUGGUAGUGAAGCCAAAGCUUUCUGGACACCAAAACCUUUACAUAUUCCUUGUGAAUCAGAUGAUGACGAUGAAAUUUACUGCUUUGCGAAUACACAGUCUGCGACUUCAGCAUGUGGUCAGCCAGUUUUAUCUGCUGCGAAUAAUGACCCUGGCGAUUGUGGGAAACAGCCUUCUUUGUCCAGGGUCAUUUACAAACCAGUAUUGAGGAAAUAUGCGAGACGUUAUUGUCAUUAUAUUGAAGAACAUCAAGUGCCAAAUAUAGCAGUGGAGCUGUAUUUUGUGAUUCAGCUGCUGACUUGUUCAGAUGUGGACACAGACCUGCUCAGUUUCUAUGAUAAACAUGGUAAAAAAACAUAUUUUCGCUCCAUCCACAAUGGUGUUUACUUUGCAGUCAUUGUCAUAAAGAGGUUGAAAUAUUUGUUUCUGGCUUUAGACAAGAUGUACUUGGAGUUGUUAACUGCCUGCCCACGAAUUGAAGCCUUUUCUCCCAUGUUACACAGAUUUCUUGUGCAGGCAGUUAAAAAUAAAGAAAAUGAUUUGGUAGCUCCUUCGCCAGUUGAGCAUAUUUCAUUCAACCCUCAUGAAGAUGGGGCUAUGAGUUUUCCAGAUUUGAAUAAUGCUCAUGUUUUUAAGUGUCAGAGGGACAACUUCUAUGCCUUCUACCGCCACUACCAUGAUACCAGCAGUGCUUACGAGUUCCGUAUAGAGAAUCAGAUCCAGUAUGUCUACGAUGGCUGCACCCCAGAGCAGAAUUCUGUCGUGAAUCUCAUGCAUUUGGCAAAGUUAUAUCUGGAUCAUAUGAUUCUGUGCUGUGUGAAGCAGACAGGAGAGCAAGUUGAUGUUGUAAAAAUGAUCCAAUCCAAGGGAGAAGAUGAAAAACUGUUCACAUCGUUGUACGAAGUGUUCCUAGAGACAUCCUGUACUAGCUCUGCCUGCCCUUCUCCAGGAUUCUCUGAGAGGCAGAUGUUCUUUAAAGAUUUCAUUGAAACUUUGAGUUGCCCAGCAUUCAAUGAACAUUUGAGAAACCUUGUGGUGUUGAGAAUUCUGGAGCUGAAUGCAACAGAUUUCAGCACUGUGAUGAAUCUCCAUUCUGCAGUCACUGUACCUGAUGAUAAGACACCGCUGAGAGCAGGAAAGUUUACAGAAACCUUGAAAACACUUUGUUUGUUGGGGAAGUUACUUGGCUACUUGACUUUCUACCCCUACUCAUCAGGAGCACAGAAUAUUGCUCAUGAUCAGAUGCCUGGGUUAUUGGCAAUGAGAGAAAUGGUGAUCCCAGUUCCUGUUCCAUUGUUGCUGCUUCUGAAGCAGGCAUUUGCUCAAGGCCGACUUUGUCUAACUGUCCCAUGGGUGGUAGAGUACCUUGCAAUGAUGGAUCACAUGGCACCACAGUUGUCAUUAUACAGUGAUGUGUUGAGGAAGCUUCACUUUAUUCAGAGGUAUGCAUGGACAGCUUUAUACAAGGAAGGUCACCAUUAUUCAGGACUGCUGAUUGUGUCUUGCAUCAGCUGGUUGUUUGAGACUCCAGCAGUUCCAGGAGGAUUCUUUUUCUCAUUUAAUGAUUCUGAUGAGAUUGCAGUGCUAACAGGCAAUACACACAUUUGCCAGAUU